AUGAGCUUCGAAGUAGAUCGUCCCAUUCGGCUCCUUGCUGAUCCUUCCGAGCUACUUAAAGACGGCUUGAAUCAUCACGCAUUGACCAACCCUGCCAAUAAUAAUAAUCGCACAAACACUAGUUGUGUAUCGGAUCUGCCACAUCACCAUCACGUACAACAACAACCAUCCACAGGCAACAGUAGCACUGCUGCAGGUGUUUCCUCACCCACUUACAGUAUUGCAAGCAGCUCGUUGAGCAGUAACAGUGCUGCAAGCAGCACCAUUUACAGCAACUCCUCAGCAACACACGAUGGAGCCUAUGAUGGUGGAUCGGACAGCAGCAGCUCAACAAAGCAAAUAAAUGGCGUGAGCAACAAAUCAACAUCAUCAUCAAGCAAUUUAUACAUGUAUCAACACGAUGUAUCACCAAGGCAACGUGGGAUGAAUUAUAAUAGUAAAUCGAUGGGUGCUGGAGGAGGCUAUGAUAAUAAGCAUCUUUUGUCUCCUGUGCCUGAUUGCCUUGAUCAUGAUCCGACAGCAGCAGCAGCAGCAGCCGUUGCAGCUUGUACUUCAGGAGUGAAUGAACAUUGUACCCCUACACCACGAGUCCCCUUGCCAACGCCACCAGCAUCUGGAGGAACGCCACCGCAGCAAACUUGGCGAGACAUGGAUCGUAGGUAUGAUUUUGCUCCAAGAUCAAGCAUGAGCCAUCCUUAUUGGGCUCCUUCAACAACCUCAUCCAUGUGUAUGCCACCUGCUGCUGCUGCACCACCCUUGUAUCAUGAACUUUUGCCUCAACAACAACAACAACACCCAUCUUAUUGGAUGAGUUUGCAUCAUCAACAACAACAUCCUAUUCCACCAUCCUCAUCCUUGUUGGAGAGUCGACGUUCCCCAUAUCAUCCAUCAUCGCAUCAUCAUCAUCCUUAUCCAACAACAACAACAACAACAAAAAAGUCUUUGCAUGCUGAUCCUGGAACCGCCAACAAGGUUGUGAGUAGCACUGCAACCCCACGUCGUUAUAAAUGCACAGUCUGUGUCAAGCGUUUUACACGACCCAGUUCGCUGGCUACCCAUAUGCAUAGUCAUACAGGCGAGAAACCUUAUCAAUGUCAAGUGGAAGGUUGUGGACGUCGAUUUUCGGUGGUGAGCAACCUACGUCGUCAUGCCAAGAUCCAUAACAACCAAUCCAAAUCAUCAUAG